AUCGCGGUAGUAGCUUUUAUUUUAUUUUGCUGGGAAGGAAUGGCGAUGGCGCCCGACCAGCAGGCGCUUCCGCCAGGACUGGAGAAUGUGUUCCAGCAGUCCUAUGUCUCGGAUCUACUCUCCUAUCCGCUGGAUCGCCUCCACAAGGAACCGGAGCUCCUGCGGGUCGAUGCCGAGCGGAUCUCUCGCCAGAUGCAAGAGGUCGCGGUGGGGCAUUAUCGAGCAUUCAUCACGGCGGCUGAAUCGCUCCAGUUCAUCACCAAGGAAGUGGCUAGUAUCGAUCAGCAUGUGGAAUCCCUGAUUGCAGAGAUUCCUAAGCUGACCGCCGGCUGCAAUGAAUUCAUGGAUUCGGCUCAGCAAAUUCUUGAGAAACGCAAGCUUAACAGGACAUUGCUUGCGAACCAUAGUACUCUGCUGGAUUUACUUGAGAUCCCUCAGCUGAUGGAUACGUGUGUGCGGAAUGGUAACUAUGACGAGGCUCUUGAUCUUGAGGCGUUCGUGGCAAAGCUCGCCACCAUGCAUAUGAGACUACCAGUCAUCCAGUCUCUCGUAGCGGAUGUGAGACAAAACACGCAGUCUCUUCUUGCACAGCUCCUCCAGAGGUUGCGGUCCAAUAUUCAGGUUCCGGAGUGCCUCAGAAUAAUAGGAUAUCUACGUAGACUGGGAGUUUUCCACGACAUUGAGCUGCGGUUGCAAUUUUUAAAAUGUAGGGAGGCCUGGCUUGCUGGCCUUCUCGACGAUUUGGACCAAGGCAGUCCUUACAUGUAUUUGAAGAGCAUGACCGAGUGCCAUCGUGUGAACAUUCACGAUGUUGUCACUCAAUAUCGUGCUAUUUUUUCAGAUGACACUUCUGAGCCCUCGGAUGGUGGCCUCCUGUUUAGCUGGGCAACACAUCGCAUAACCUGCCUGUUGGACACACUGCGCGAGUUGCUUCCCAAAGUCACCGAGGGUGCAUCCUUGGCUCUUAUUUUAGACUUGUGCAUGUACUGCGGGGUGAGUCUUGGCCGGGUGGGUCUCGACUUUAGAGGUCUUUUGCCACCAAUUUUUGAAUCGUGCGUGUAUGACUUAUUUGUGCGGAACUUGUCGAUAGCGUUGCAAAACUUCCAGCACAUGCUCGAUUCCCACCGCUGGGUUCCUUUGCCUUCAGUUAGAUUGUCCAGCAGAGAUUCCGAGGACAAGAACGCCCCUCCUCAGUCUCUCAUCGAACAUCCACCUCUAGCCGUGUUUGUCAACGGCAUUCUGGCAGCUCUUAACGAACUAAGGCUGUGUGCUCCUGUGAGCUUGUCAAACAGGCUAGCGCUCGAGUUCCAGAAAGCACUGUGCAGUGUCUCGGAUUCCCUGCUGCGCUACUCCUCGACGCGGAUUCUCAAGGACAGCGAAGCGAAUCUCUUCAUGUCCUCGUGCCGUGCGUACUUGGAGGUAGCUUCUCCAUACUGUGUCGCGUGUUUCAGUCGCUGCUAUCCAUCCGCAAUCACUGACACGAAAGCCAGUAACAACGGUCUCCGGAAGCUAGUUUCAUCGAUGCCGGCCGAGAACGGAUCUCCAGCGAGACUCCGAAGUGUUCCUGAAGUCGUGGAGAACAUAAUCACCACUUCAGCAAAUGGUAACUGAAACGACAGCGCCGUUUUCUGGCUAGCGUGGAUGGGGAUUAUAAAGAAGCUAAUUAUGGCAUGCAAUUCGUAAAAGGGUGGAUUUUACAUGGAUUUCACUCACACUACGUGUAUGCCUGCUAUUGGUCCAUGUGUAUUAUGAGUGAAAAAAACACAAGCAUAGAAUAUUUUACAAAUAUCCAAUCCUUAUGCCCCGGAUGGGGCAUCAUGCCCAUA